AUGGAGACCUGCACUUGUGUCCACAAUGGUCGCUCCUACAAGGCCCAAGAGGAGUUUUGGGAUGAUGGGACGUGCCAAAGCUGGUGUAGAUGCGAUGGUGGCCAAGUGACCUGUAGGAAGAGGGGGUGUAAAGCCCAUGAGAAGUGUGUGGUGGUCAACGGUGUCCCAAGGUGCCAGGCCAUGAAGCACCUCACAUGCAUUGGGACGGGUGACCCUCACUACACCACCUUCGAUGGGUUGAGAUAUGACUUCCAAGGGACCUGCAUCUACCAGUUUGCGGCCCUCUGCACCCAAAAGGACCCCAAACUGGUCCCAUUCACUGUCAAGGUGGAGAACAACAACCGGGGCAGCAAAGCUGUGUCCUUCACCAAGACCCUCACCUUGGAGGUCUACGGCAACGUCAUCACCAUGAGCCAGGAGCAUCCACGCAAGGUCAAGGUCAACGGCGCCUUCGUGGAGCUCCCAUUCACCAAGAAGGACCAGUUUGAGCUCUACCACAGUGGUGUCCAUGGCUUUGCCCGCACAGCCUUUGGUCUAAGGGUGAGCUUCGACUGGUACAGCUAUGCCCGUGUCCUCCUCCCUGAGGUCUACGCUGGUGCCGUCUGUGGCCUCUGUGGCAAUGCCAAUGGAGAUGCCGACGAUGACUUUGUGACCCGCGAUGGCCAACGGGCCACCGAUGAGAUCCACUUGGCCAAUAGCUGGAAGGUUGGAGAUGUCCCUGGUUGCUCCUCUGGUUGCGAAGGGGAUUGUUCGAGGUGCAACCAAGAGGAGAAAGAACCCUACCGUGGGGAUGGCUAUUGUGGGGUCAUCACCAAGGCUGAAGGACCAUUCAGGGCUUGUCAUGGUGUGGUCAACCCAGUGGCCUUCCUGGAGGAUUGUGCCUUUGAUGCCUGUCACUACAAAGGUCACCGGGACACCUUGUGUAAAGCCAUUGCUGCCUAUGUGACCGAGUGUCAAAGCCAUGGAGUCAACGUGGAGCCAUGGAGGACACCAACCUUCUGUGGUCCUUCUUGCCCUCGUCAUUCCCACUACGAGCUCUGUGGGACCAGCUGCCCAACCACAUGCCGUGGUAUCUCCAAUGCCUGUGGCUCAACCCCAUGCACUGAAGGUUGCUUCUGCGACCAGGGCUUUGUCCUCAGCGGGGACGAGUGUGUCCCGGUGGACGAGUGUGGUUGUGAGCACCAGGACCUCUACUACAAGAAGGGUGAGGUCUUCUUCUCGUCAUGCCGGGAGAGGUGCCGUUGUGAAGCCAACGGGGUGGUGGAGUGCCAAGAGGUCUUCUGCGGUGCCCAUGAGGAGUGUCGGGUGGAGGAUGGGGUCCUGGGGUGCUACCCCACCAGUUAUGGGCGCUUGGUGGUGUCUGGUGACCCCCAUUACGUGACGUUUGAUGGAAGAGCCUUUGACCUCCCGGGUUCCUGCACCUACGUCUUGGUGCAGCUCUGCAAGCCGGAGAAGUGGUUGAUGGACUUCUCGGUGCUGCUGGAGCAUGAUGUGGGCCACCGGGGCAACAUGGCCUUGAUGAAGAAGGUGGUCACCUCCAUCCAUGGCCACACGGUCAGCAUGGAGAGGGGACGGCGCUGGGAGGUCAUGGUGGACGGAGAACGCUACACGCUGCCCUUGGUCACCAAGGACAAGAAGCUACGGGUUGGCCAAGAAGGCAACAACAUUGUCCUCCAGACCAUGGCUGGCAUCCGGCUCCUCUACAACGUGGCCACCUACCUCCUGGUCACCAUCCCUGAUGCCUACAAGGGCCGCGUGUGUGGAUUAGGUGGCAACUACAACGGGGACCCCAGUGAUGACUUCCAGUUGCCUGGUGGCUCCUUGGCACAGAGCACCGAGGACUUUGUCACCUCCUGGAAGGUCCAUGCGGAGGAUGGAACAUGCACCGAUGGUUGCACCAGCACGGUCUGCCCUAUGUGUGAUGCCACCGAUGUUGCUCCCUACGUGGGCAGUGGCUCCUGUGGGAUCAUCCGGGAUCCGAUGGGACCUUUCAGCUCCUGCCACCCAAAGGUGAGCCCGGUGGAGUAUUUCAACCAUUGUCUCCACGAUGUCUGUGCUGCUGCUGGAGCUCCUGAGGUCCUCUGCCACAGCAUCCAAGCCUAUGCUGCUGCUUGUCAAGCUGCCACCGCUGAGGUCAAAGCGUGGAGAACAUCCACUUUCUGCCGUAAGUUCUCCAGAACAUCUCCAAGGAGCCACCUCAGCUCCUGGUCUCCUCCAAACCCCACCGUUUCCCCCAUAAAACCCAUCCAGUUUGACCACUGUGGCUUUGGAGGCAAGUUCUCCAUCAUUGGCCACACCAAGAAGACAUACAAGCGACCUCUGUGUCACUAUGAGCUCUGCACCCGCACGUGUGACUUCACGUGCUCCAGCCUCUCCAUGCCGGCCCCAUGCACUUGGACAUGCUUUGAGGGAUGUCAAUGUGAUGAUGGGUACCUCUUCGAUGGAGAUACCUGCGUGUCCUUGGAGCAAUGUGGCUGCUUGCACCAGGGAAGGUACUUCAAGGCAGGUGAGACCAUCAUCUCCAACAACUGCACCACAAGAUGCACUUGCCACCCAUCCCAGGGCCUUGUCUGUGAGGACAUCCAGUGUCCCCAAGACCAGGUCUGCUCCACACGGGACGGGGCUCAGCUCUGCGUCAAGCAGCAAGGCCAAUGUCACCUCACCCCUGGGGCCUCCUUGAGCACCUUUGAUGGCACCAAGGGAAUGCUCCUCACCAGUGGCACCUACAAAGUGGCUGCCCUUUGCAACGAGCAGUCACCCAACUGGUUCAAGGUGGUGGUGGAGGUCAAUGAGUGCCGGGAGGACAAUGUCCCUGCUGCUGUUGCCAUCUUCAUCUUCUUCCGUGAGGCUUUCAUUACCAUCAACACCAACAUGGAGGUGUGGGUCAAUGGUCUCUCCACCCAUCUCCCAACCAAUGUGUCCAAAGCCAUCUCCUUGAGCACCACAGGUGGGAACAUCACCAUCUCCCAUACAUCAGGCAUGGAAGUGCUCUUCAGCCCCAAAGGCGCGGUGACGGUCACCGUUGGGGCCACCAUGGUCAACCGCCUCUGUGCUCCUUGUGGCAACUUCAACGGGGACCCCAAGGAUGACCUGAAGCUUCCUGAUGGUCGCGUUGUGAGGAGCAUCGCUGAGGUGGUUGAUGCCUGGAAAGCCAGAGACUUUGUGGGAUGCUAUGCCUCCAAGCCUGUGCGGAUGGAAGUGGAAGCCCCCAUCUACCCCAUGCAAUAG